AUCUCCCCAUAUGAGAAGCUAGGUUAGUAAAAGCUGAAGAAGAUAACUUCCAUGAAAGGAAAGUAAAAGAUGAGAAAUCCUCCUCAGGUAUCUCCACUGAAGACAGUUAACAGAAAGCUACAUAGGGAAUAGUCAGUUUGCUUCUGAUCCAAACAACUAACUACUCACUCUGCCUUGCAUCCUUCAUAAGCAAUCCCAACUUAUAAAUAUAUUUUAAAUCACACCCAUAAAUAGAUAUUGCUUAACAUGCAGACUUAAGUUUUACAUAUUUUCUCCUUUUCUACUUCUCUGUCUCUCUCACAUUUGCUUCUUCAUGGAGGACUUUGUGGUGAAUGCUCUGUUAUCUGGUGACACCGAGGCACGAGUCCUGGCUGCCAGGGAGCUCAAUAAUCUUAAGAGUAAGAAGAAACAUAAGUUAAUUGAAAGAGGUAUUAUUGUUCCCUUGGUGUCGAUGCUUUGCACACCAGAUUAUGAUGCUGUUGAAGCUUCUCUCAAUGCUUUGUUGAAUAUGGCCUUCGGCAGUGAAAGAAACAAGAACCUUAUUGCAAAGGCGGGCGCUAUACCAGUCAUUAUCAACCUCCUGCAGUGCGAAAGCCAGACAUUGGUCGACCUUGCGAUAGCUGCUCUUAUGACCCUCUCUUCUUGCUCAGCAAACAAGCUGACAGUUGCAGGCUCCGGAGCUAUUGAAAUCUUAGUUGAAAUCCUCAAUUUUGAUAGCACGGGUAUUCAAGCGAAGCUUGAUAUAAUUGUUACGCUCCACAAUCUUUUAGCCAGCUGGGAGAUUAUUCCGUCAAUUGCUUUGUCUAGCACUGUGGUUAAAUUGCUUCAGUUGAUCAGUGAAUGGGAGAAAUCGUCUGAAUUGGUAGAAAAGGCGAUCACGUUGCUGGAAAAGAUUGUUUUAUCAUCUCAGAUUGCAUUGAGACAGACUGCUGGAACAAGCGGAGCAAUCCAAGCACUGGUGGAAACAGUGGAAGAUGGUUCCAUGCAAUGCAAAGAACACGCGGUGGGAAUCUUGCUACUCAUAUGCCGAAGCUGCAGAGAGAAGUAUAGAGGACUUAUUCUUCGAGAAGGGGUCAUGCCAGGGUUGCUUCAGCUGAGUGUGGAUGGAACUAGGAGAGCCAAGGAAAUGGCGGGGGCGCUGCUGCUGCUCUUGAGGGAUUGUUCGGAGGGGAAUACGAGAAAGAAGAUAUUAAAAAAUGUGCUUAUGGAGCAGGUAAUGGGAGAGAUAGACAGAGGAGAAAGAGGUGGUAAAGAACAUAAGUUAGUAGCAGAUUUAAUUGCAAAACUUAGAAGAUGAAUCUCUCCAGACAAAUAGACACUGUUUGUAUAGAGCAGAAAUUUCUCCUUUUAUGCAGAAAAGAUUUAACCUUUCAAGUUUCA